AACCGAUCCACACCCCGCCGAGGCCUUGUUCCUCCUGCUUGCCUCUGUCCGGUUCCUGCCCGGUUCCUGUCGUCAGCGUCUCUGAGGCACCGACUCUCUCCCGCCCAGCGAUCCGCCCUCCGCACAGCCUCCAGCUGCUCCUCUCGACUGAAUACUAUGGACGAUGACUUCAGCUUCUUAGAGCACUCUGGCACCCAGCAGUACCACGACGACGAUCUCGUCAACUUUGCCUCCAUCACCAACGACGCCGAGCCCGACUUUCUCACUAACGACACCGAUCUCGGCUUCGAGUCGCUGUCGCUUUCCUCUGCCAGUGCCUCGGCCCGUGUCGGCCAAUCGAAAAAGCGCUCCUCCAAAAAGCCGGCUGCCAAUCCUGCCUCCCUUGACGAUGUCGAUUACGUCUCCUUCGAGGAAGACCGCGGCGGUGAUGACUCAUUGUUGAACUUUGAGGAGCCCGACCUAGAUCUCAACGACGACGGCCCCCUGGGCUUCUCCAACUCGGAAAUCUCGACCGAGCUGCCUGCGCACUCGUGCAAGUACUGCGGCAUCCAUAAUCCCGCCUCGGUCGUCAAGUGCACCUCCUGCAGCAAAUGGUUCUGCAAUUCUCGGGUCGGCAACACCUCGGGUUCGCACAUCAUCCAUCACCUCGUCAAGUCCAAGCAUAAGGAGGUGUGCCUGCACCCGGACUCACCCCUCGGCGAGACGGUGCUUGAAUGCUAUCAGUGCGGCUGCCGCAACGUGUUUGUGCUGGGCUUCAUUCCCGCAAAGUCCGAUACCGUCGUCGUUUUGCUUUGCCGUCAACCCUGUGCAAGUGGUGCGAGCAGCAAGGAUAUGAACUGGGACCUGUCGCAGUGGCUUCCGUUGAUCGAGGAUCGCUCCUUUCUCUCGUGGCUUGUCAAGGUGCCUUCGGAGCAAGAGCAGCUCCGUGCCCGCCACAUCACCACGAACAUCGCCAAUCGUCUUGAAGAGAUGUGGAAAGAGAAUCCGACUGCCACCUUGGAGGAUCUCGACAAACCUGGUGCUGACGACGAACCCCAUCCCGUCCUACUGAGAUACGAAGACGCCUAUCAGUACCAGAACAUCUUUGCUCCGCUCGUCAAGCUCGAGGCUGAGUACGACAAGAAGCUCAAGGAGUCUCAGACGCAGGAGGAUGUCGUCGUCCGCUGGGAUGUUGGUCUGAACCAAAAGCGAGUGGCGUACUUCCUUCUGCCCAAACUCGAGCAGGGCGACAUCCGUCUCGCUCCCGGUGACGAGCUCUUGCUCAAGUACAAGGGCGAGCUGCACGCACCAUGGGAAGGUCGCGGCCACGUUAUCAAGGUUCCCAACAAUGUCUCCGAAGAAGUUGCCCUUGAACUUCGCCACCCCGAUGCUCCUGUCGACUGCACCCACAACUUCUCUGUCGACUUUGUGUGGAAGUCGACUUCGUUCGACAGAAUGCAGACUGCGCUGAAGACCUUUGCUGUCGACGAGAACUCUGUCAGCGGCUAUAUCUACCAUCGCCUGCUGGGCCACGAAGUCGAACCCCAAGUUCUGCGCGUGACUCUCCCGAAGCGCUUUUCGGCGCCCAACCUCCCCGAAUUGAACCACUCGCAGGUCUUUGCGGUCAAGAGUGUUCUGCAGCGACCCAUCAGCCUGAUCCAAGGUCCGCCCGGAACUGGAAAGACAGUCACUUCGGCGUCGAUCGUUUACCACCUCUCCCAGAUCAGCCAGGGCCAGGUUCUUGUGUGUGCCCCUAGUAACGUUGCCGUUGAUCAGCUGACGGAGAAGAUCCACCAGACGGGUCUCAAGGUUGUCCGUGUCGCCGCAAAGAGCCGCGAGACCCUCGAGUCACCCAUCUCGUUCCUGACCCUCCACGAACAAGUCAAGAACAACGACACCAAUCCCGAACUGCAAAAGCUCAUUCGACUCAAGGGCGAGCUUGGUGAACUCAGCUCGGCUGACGAGCGCAAGUACAAAACACUCUAUCGACAGGCCGAGCGCGAGAUUCUCCAGCACGCAGAUGUCGUUUGCUGCACCUGUGUUGGUGCUGGCGAUCCACGCUUGACCCGCUUGACCUUCCGCACUGUCCUCAUCGACGAAGCCACGCAGGCGUGCGAGCCCGAGGGAAUCAUUCCGUUGAUCCUGGGAUGCAAGCAGGUCGUCUUUGUUGGCGACCACCAGCAGCUCGGCCCGGUCAUCAUGAACAAGAAGGCAGCGCGCGCUGGCCUGUCUCAGUCCCUGUUCGAGCGACUGAUCAUCCUCGGCAUCCGCCCGAUUCGACUCCAGGUCCAGUAUCGCAUGCAUCCGUGUCUCUCCGAGUUCCCCUCCAACAUGUUCUACGAAGGCAGUCUGCAAAACGGCGUGACGAUGCAGGAGCGCCUCCGCAAGAACGUCGACUUUCCUUGGCCUGUUCCCGAGACCCCGAUGUUUGUUUGGGGCUCGUUUGGCCAGGAAGAGAUUUCGUCCUCGGGCACAUCAUAUCUCAACCGCACCGAGGCCGCCAACUGCGAAAAGGUUGUUACCCGCUUCCUGAAGGCGGGAGUGCCGCCUUCGCAGAUCGGCAUCAUCACUCCAUACGAAGGCCAGCGCGCGUUCAUUGUCCAGUACAUGCAGUUCAAUGGCGCUCUCAAGAAAGAGUUGUAUAAGGAAAUCGAAGUGGCCUCGGUCGACGCCUUCCAGGGUCGCGAGAAAGACUAUAUUGUGCUUUGCUGCGUCCGCUCGAACGAGCACCAAGGCAUCGGUUUUCUCAGCGACCCCCGUCGUCUCAAUGUGGCGCUGACCCGCGCAAAGUACGGCAUCGUCUUGCUCUGCAAUCCCAAGGUCUUGGCCAAGCAUCCGCUGUGGUAUGAGCUCUUGAUGACCUACAAGGCACGAAACUGCCUAGUCGAGGGUCCGCUGAACAAUCUCAAGGUGUCUGCAAUCCAGUUCACGAAGCCGCGCAAAAAGGACGGCGACGUCGCUAACAUGGCCAGAGGCAAGCGCUUUGGUAUCGAUGCUGCUCAGCACUACGCCAAGGCUCCGAGUGCGAACGACUUCCCUCGUGGCACCGGCAGCGGUGCACUUGCUGGCUUCCAGGAUCCGCUGCUUGAUCCCUCUCGACUCUAUUCUCAGUCGCAGUACUCGAUCCCAUCAGCCUCGCCCAUGACGCCAUUCACGCAAGACAUGCCCAUCCCUGCCGCUGCGUCGCAGCCUGGAUUUUUCCCCGCUUCUGCGACGAGCUAUCCCUCCCAGGAUAAUGGCCUGCAGCGCUUUCCUGCCUUUCGCCGAGGCAAGCUCCGCGGGCCCCUUCCGUCUCAGUCCCAAACUCAGACCCAAAGCCAGAGACAGCGCACACAGCAGAGCAUGUUCACUCAGCCCGACGUUCAUACUCAGUCUACCUUCCUGUCGGCCACUCAGACGACCCUCAGCCAAAGCGAUCGACUGGGUCUCGGAAGCUCGAUGCUGAGCCAGGACUUUAUGGACGACUAUGCCUACAAGAGCCAGGCCGAUGUCUGGUUGAGCCAAGGUCCUCGCAGCCAACUCGAUGGCAUGAGCCAAGGUGGAUUCACUCAGUUCUAGCUGCCUGGACCCAAGCCUGCCUCCCUGGCCGCAACACAGUACAGCGCGACCUGCUGCUGGCUCCUCCCGUCCACGGACAUUGUCUCCCCAAAGCCUGGACGAUCACUCCACAGCUCUGUGGAUUUACCUGCGGACAGCUGCCUUUGCACGCUCUCAUGCUCUUAGAUCAAGAGGGCUAUCCGGGUGCCAUCUCUCGGCGCUCGCCGGCAAAGUAGUGCCUGGCCGAAUGGAGCCAACAGAUGGGUUCUCGUCGGUGCAGACGUUGCCGAGAGCGUUCGCAUGAGCGAUUCGGUUAGUCCGAGGCUCUGAGCCUGGCCGAUAUUGGCAUGAGUCUGGACUGCGACCUUCGAGCCCCCAAUAAAUCCGAAUACCGCUGCAAUCAGUCGCGAUUUGCGCCGGAGAACACACUG